AUGUCGGGACGGGCCGAGACGCGAACCCCUGAACCGCCCGACCGCGACGAACACGAAAAACCGAGACGCACCACCAGGCCGUCUAAUAACUAUGACCAAGAGCAAGAGAUUGACAUCCAGCAGAGAAAUGUGCGCUCCCAGCGGAAGAAUGAGGCCCAGGGCAAGCCUGUAGCCCAACGUGAAGCGGUAACUUCGGACGAUGCCUUAACCGAGAGCGACGAUCUGAACGCCGCCGACCUGGUGAAAGAGCUCGUGAAACUCAGGAGAGACAUCAAACGGCGAGAUGGUUUAUAUAGAGAAGAGAUACAGAAAGUACAAGAAGCACUGUGGAAAGUCAAGGAAGAAUUCAGCGCCGCCCCUAUAGAAGCUCGACAUAAGCUACAGACCCUGAUAGAUAGGCUAGAUAGGCCCCUUACACCGUAA